UAUAGGCUAACUUCAUAUUGCUAAAUAAAUAAAUAAUAUUUAAAUUGAAAAAUAAUGUUGAACUAUCAAUUCAUUAGUUACUGAAAGUUUGCAAAGAUAUUCUGGUAUACCGAGAUCCUUCAAAUACACUCUAUAACUGAAUUUAGUUUUCAAUAUGAAGCUGUAUUGUUUAAGUAAUGAUCCAAAUAAGCCAUGCCAUAUAUUAACGUUCCGAGAAAUCACAAUGAUGUUGGAUUGUGGAUUAUCAAUGCAGUCGCUUUUAAAUUUUUUACCUCUAUCAAUAGUACCGAGUAGACUUUCCAAUCUUUCUACUUACAUGCCAAAUGAUGUGGAUCCUGAAUUAGAAGGAGAACUCAAGGAGAAUGGAGAAAGAAUAUUUGUGGAUUCCCCACCAGAGUUUUGUCCUCCGUUAGAUAAAUUAGUAGAUUUUGCUCAGAUUGAUGUAAUACUCAUAUCCAAUCAAUUAUCUAUGAUGGCACUACCAUUUGUUACCGAGGGCACAAAUUUCAAAGGAAGAGUUUAUGCCACAGAGCCUACAUUGCAAAUGGGGAGGUUACUUUUAGAAGAACUAGUGACUUACAUUGAGCUCUGCCCUAAAGUGAAUAUUGCUUCUCAAUGGAAGAACUACUUACAUAAAUUGCCAUUUCCCUUGAAUGAAUCAUUCAAACCAAAGUCUUGGAAACAGAUAUUUAACAUGAAGAAUGUAAAUGCAAGUUUAUCAAGAGUUCAAAUGGUUGGAUAUAAUGAAAAAAUUGAUGUUUUUGGCGCCCUUCAAGUGGUACCUGUUAGUUCUGGAUAUUGCUUAGGAUCCUCGAAUUGGGUCAUAUCUACAAAACAUGAAAAAAUUGUUUAUUUGAGUGCGUCUAGCACUUUAACCAUUCAUCCAAAGCUGAUGGAUCAAAUUGCAUUGAAAAAUGCUGAUAUUUUCAUAAUGACUAAUCUAACACAAACACCAAUAAGUAACCCAGAUUCGAUGCUUGGAGCCUUGAGUUUUGUAGCUGGUAUAACGUUGAGAGGAGGUGGUAAUAUGCUCAUUCCAUGUUACCCUACAGGAGUAGUUUAUGACAUAUUCGAAAGUUUGUCUAUGAAAAUGCAGGAAUUGGGACUUGCACAAUGUCCAAUGUACUUUGUUUCACCCGUGGCCGAUAUAUCAUUAGCGUAUUCAAAUAUUCUAGCAGAAUGGCUUUCAACAACCAAACAAAAUAAAGUUUAUGUCCCGGACGAGCCUUUCCAUCAUGCUUUGCUUGUGAAAAACUCAAGAUUGAAACAUUUCAAACAUAUACAUUCCAGUGGAUUUAGUGCUGAGUUUCAAGAACCUUGUGUAGUAUUUUGUGGGCAUCCUAGCCUUAGAUUCGGUGACGUUGUUCAAUUCAUUGAGCUCUGGGGAAACAAUCCUAGGAAUUGUAUAGUAUUUACAGAACCAGACUUUGACUAUGUCGAAGCUUUAGCUCCUUAUCAGCCCCUUCAAAUGAAGGUGGCUCAUUGUGCGAUUGAUACAUCCUUGAAUUUUAUUCAAGUGAACAAACUGAUUCGAGAUCUGAAACCUUCUACAUUAGUGGUUCCAGAAUGUUACACUCAACCUCCAAACGGUGCACCAAACCAUCCUGAUUAUAUGGUUGAGAAUAGUCCUGACAGAAAUUUACUUUCGUAUAAAUGGGGAGAAGUUGUCAAUCUACCUCUGAAGAGAAAAUUAGCGGAAGUAUUUUUAGAUAACAGUAUUGCUCAAAAGAUAGAACCAGUAGAAGUGAAAAACGGUCUUUUUUUAUCUACUCUAACAGGAAAUUUGAAUGUAAAGGACAAUGUUGUGAAUGUUCAGGAUGUCGGUGCUUCUUGUCUAGGUAAGACACAAAAUCAAGUUAAAUACGAAUGGGGAACGAUAAAUAUAACAGAUUUCAUGCAGAAAUUAUACCAAGAAGGUUUUUCUGAUGCUAAACUGGAGACCCUCGGAACAAAUAAUUAUAUGAUUCACAUGUUGGAAGCUGAUACAAUAAUCCAGUUAGACGAUAAUAACACACAUGUUUUAUGCAAUGGAAACGAUGAAAUGAGGACUAAAUUAAGGAAUAUUGUUAUGCAUUCUCUUAAAAAGUUUUAGUUGACCUUUCAAAUGAGGAGUAAAUCGAUUUUAAAUUUUUUCGCAGACUUAAUUCAGAACCCCAGUGUUGUUCUAUUUGAAAUUGUUCCUCUCUAAUUUAAGUAUUCAAGACUUAUUUUGCAGAUAUAAAAUUUUAAAAGAAAAUACUCCUCUAUUGUUGUUUUACUAAGUAAUGAAUUUUAACUUUGUCUAAUAAAAAUUUUAUUAUUA